AUCAUGUGACUCUGCGGCUUUCUCUGGUUUUUCAGAGUGUAACAAUCGCUGUGACAAACUUUACUGUUUACGAUUGUGAGGCUGUGAUGGACCUGUCUGUGUCUGCUCCGUGUGCAGGGUGUGUGAGCAGCCCCUGGAGGUGCUACUGGUGUGUGUCUGAUCAUCGCUGCUCUCACACUGCGCACUGCAGCCAAAGAAGCACUGUCAUUUACAGCAAGAAUGAUUCACACCCAGAGCUCUCAGGACCUGAUUCCUGCCCCAGCCUGGAGCAGGUUCUGGGGUCCCAUCUGAUUCCUAUUGGAGUUGAACGAGAGCUGGAUCUGGUCGGGAGAAACUUGCAACUUCUGCAGGGAGAGGAGUUGGGAUACAGCUGUAUCAUUGAGGUAGAAGGAGCCCCCAUUACCCUGCGGGCACAGAUAGAGAUGGUGACUGGGGAGGACAAUGUUUACCAAGUACACUGCCAGUCUCACAAGUAUCAGUACCCUCUAACUGUACUGGAGCAUCGGGUCACUGUGCACGUGAGACUGGGAAAUGACCAUCGUGUGGAUAAUAAUGGAGAGAUCCAGGUGGCUCUUUACAACUGCUCCGCGGGACAGACUGACUGCAGCCUAUGCCGAGCCACAGACCCACUAUACAAGUGCGUGUGGUGUGGAGAGGAGGCAACAGCGAGUUGCCAAUAUGCAAACCUGUGUGAGCAGAGCACCACGAACGUCUGCCCUACACCACUCAUCCAGUCAUUCACCCCAUCGUCUGGGAUUGUUCAGGGAGGAACCAUGUUGACCAUCAUAGGAGCUAACAUGGGCCAGCGUGCGGAAGAAGUGUCUGUGACAGUGGCCGAUAAUCCCUGCGAAGUGCAGCCUGAUCUGUACCACGUAUCCAACAGGAUAAUUUGCCUCCUGUCUGCCAGUGAUGCCCCACAUAGCGGACCUGUGGCUGUGUCUGUAAUGGGUCGCCCUCCUGGAAUGUCUAGCCAGCUUUUUGCCUAUAAGGACCCCACACUUCACUCCAUCUUCCCAUUUAGAGGUCCCAUGGCUGGUGGAACACAAGUCACUAUCUCUGGUGCCAAUCUUCUGACAGGAGACCAGAUCACAGUGUCCAUAGGAGGACUUCCCUGUCUCAUAUCUUCAGAUAUAACUGAGGAACAGAUCCAGUGUUUCACCAGCCCUAGUGAUGACCCUGCCGAGCUAGGUGUGACUGUGUUCUAUGGUGAGACAGAGAGGAUUCUGGGAGAUGUCAUUUACAACUACACAGAGAAUCCUAGAAUAUGGUCUGCUGUCCCCAGCUAUGGUUUUUACGGAGGAGGUCGUGUCAUAAGAGUGCAGGGCUCUGAUCUGGACGUGGUACAGACCCCACAUAUGAUGUUCCAUACCAAGCUGCCCACAGGGGAGAGAGAGGAGAAGGGGUCACGCAGGAGGCGAAAGAGGAGUGUAGACCCUUCUGCUAAGGAGUUCAGCGAGCGCUGCCAGACAAAUUCCUCAUUUUUCAUGGAGUGCGUAACACCGUCUGUCCCGGAAGACUACGCCCUUAUGGACGUCCUAUUCAUCCUAGACAAUGUAAGGAUCCCGUUCAGUAGCGUUGGGGAAAACUUCACCUACCAGAAGAACCCAAAGUUCCUACCUUUGAACCGGGACAACAACAACAAGCCGUACAGCCUCAAACCCGGGAACGUGAUGGACAUUGAGGGUGAGGGUUUGGAUGCCGGCAUCAGUAAGCAAGAGGUUGUAGCCAUGAUUGGUGAUGGUGUUUGUAUGGUAAAAACCCUCACACACAAUCACCUAUACUGUGAACCUCCCCUUAUGCCACCACAGCCACUGGACAAGGGCGCCGGGCUGCCGGAGUUUGUGGUCCAAAUGGGGAAACUGAGCUUCAAUUUGGGGUUGGUAAAAUAUGAUGUGGAGGGACCAUCAAACUUUCCAGUGGGGGCCAGAAUUGGAUUGGGAGUUGCAGGCGCUCUGCUGGUCCCAAUUGUGAUAUUUAUAAUCCUCAUGUACAGGAGGCAGAGCGAGUUGGCAAAGCGGGAUUACAAGAAUGUCCUGGUGCAGCUCGAGAACUUGGAGACCAGUGUGGGGGACCAGUGCCGUAAGGAGUUCACAGAUCUAAUGACUGAGAUGAUGGAUCUGACUAGUGACCUGGAGGGAUCGGGGAUUCCAUACCUGGACUACACAACAUACGUGGAAAGGAUCUUCUUCCCUGUUCAGACUGGAUCCUCGCUGCGGAAGAACUUGGAAGUACCCGAGGGCAGGAGAAGCACCGUGGAGCAAGGGCUGACCCAGCUGUCUAAUCUGCUCAAUAACAAGCUAUUUCUCACCAAGCUGAUCGAGACGUUGGAUGCACAGCCCACUCUAUCUCAGCGGGAUCGAUGCCACGCUGCGUCCCUGCUCACUGUGGCUCUGCAUAGCAAGCUGGAGUAUCUGACUGACGUCAUGAAGACCCUGCUGUCUGACCUAAUAGAUCAGUGUGUUGCCAAGAACCCCAAACUUCUGCUGCGCCGGACAGAAACCAUUGUGGAGAAACUGCUGACUAACUGGAUGUCCAUCUGUUUGCACUCCUUCCUGCGGGAGGCGGCAGCAGAGCCAUUGUAUAUGCUGUACUGCGCAAUUAAAUAUCAGGUGGACAAGGGACCUGUGGAUGCAGUAACUGGAAAGGCGAAGCGGACGCUGAAUGACAGCCGACUGCUUAGGGAAGACAUAGAGUACCGGCCUAUCACACUAACUGCGCUUGUGAAGAGCGGAGGAGAAACCCAGCGGGUACCGGUCAGGGUGCUAGACACAGACACCAUAACGCAGGUCAAAGCAAAGAUCCUUAACCAGCUUUACAAAGGCACCCCCUUCUCUCAACGCCCAGCGGCUCACACACUUGACCUGGAGUGGCGCUCUGGUAAAGCCGGGCAUUUGACGCUUUCUGACGAGGAUCUCACGUCACUAACUCAGGGUCAUUGGAAGCAAUUAAACACCCUGCACCAUUACAAGGUUCCUGAUUCUGCAACUGUUGCUCUCAUCCCUCGUCUACACAAUAACCAGUGUGAGACCCCAAACACCAGCUUCCUGGAAGGAGAAAGGACACCCAUGUUGGAGGAUGGGGAAGAUGGCGGCGUUAGAAUUUGGCACCUGGUUAAGUUGGUGGAGGAACCAGAGGUUUGCAAACAGAGGCGGAGCAGUCUGCGUGAUAGAGAACGUGCUAAGGCUAUCCCCGAAAUAUACCUGACCCGCCUGCUGUCAAUGAAGGGAACGCUUCAGAAAUUUGUGGAUGACACAUUCCAGGUGAUGCUUGGGGUGAACCGCCCUGUGCCUAUUGCCAUUAAGUAUUUCUUUGAUUUCUUGGAUGAGAUGGCAGAGAAACAUAAGAUUGAGGACCCUGAAACUGUCCACAUCUGGAAAACACACAGCUUGAUGCAGCGGUUCUGGGUACUGAUCCUGAAAAACCCCCAGAUGGUGUUUGACAUUGAGGUAUCUGAGAAUGUGUAUUCCAUCCUAUCCGUCAUCGCCCAGACAUUCAUUGACUCUUGUACAAUCUCCGAACACAAAGUGGGGAGGGACUCCCCUGUCAACAAACUGCUAUAUGCCAGAGAAAUCCCAAGAUACAAACAAAUGGUCGAGAAGUACUAUACUGAUAUCAAGGAGACAGUUUCCGCCAGCUAUCAGGAAAUGAACUCUUCCCUCACAGAGCUUUCGGGGAUUCACGCAAAUGAUCUGAAUUCAUUGGUUGCGCUGCAGGAGCUAUACAAUUAUAUCAAUAAAUAUUAUGACCCGAUCAGUUCAGCUCUGGAAAGCGAUCCAAAUGGGCAGAAGAUGCAGCUGGCGUACCGGCUACAACAGAUUUCUGCGCUCGUGGAAAAUAAAGUGACAGAUCUGUGAUAUCCCUAAUCAAUUUAAUUGAUUUCUCUUUGGGAGGUCAGCAUUGUAAUCUUGGUACUGUGGAUCCACUAUCCAGUCUACAAUAUGGAAUACAAUACUGUGUGUGACUUCUGCAGACCAGCACUACGCCUUUGUGAAACACUAGGCUACGGGGAGCACUGUCUAUGUUGUUCCAAACUGGAUACCCAGAAACCUUUGCGCUUACAUGGAAGACUCAGUUUGUUUGCUUACAAGUGCCUUUAGUGUGACAACAAUUUGUGUCUUCCUGUGCAGAUUGUGUCACAAUAUCUUGACUUACCUUUCACAUGGGGAUAUGUAACAAGACUACUGCUCCUGCUGCCUGGGGCACUUAUGUCUUUUGUGCAUUUUUACGUUUAAUGCUACUGUGUGUUGUAGUGUAUCUGGGAGACUACUGCUGUGCUAAAAAACUCAGGAUGUUAGUGAUGACAAGCUGCCGCAGUAGUGUACGCAGGCCGGCCAAAUGUGGCAGCUGCAUCCCGCCUGCAGGGAACCAAAUCCUAGUACCAUACUCACUGUGUCCGUGUCUUAAAUACCUUGUAUAGCUUUUUCUAACUUAUCAAAAGCUGUAAAUAGAAAUUAUAACUGUAUUUAUUAUUUCUUUUAUUCCGAUUGUUUUUCACAUAAAAUAAAAAUUAAAUAGAAA